AUUCUGUAAUUCAUGAAUCAUCCUGAAUCAGACUACAAAAAUUUCCCGAAAUAAAAAAUGUCUGCCUUAAACUAGACAUGAAUAAUAUACAGAAAUACACUGCCUAUACCCUUAACUUACUUCGGUUAAACUGAUACUCGUACAAAACUGAUAAAUUGUUUCUAAACCUUCUGUUCUUCUUCGACUUCGACGAUCAAAACCCGAUCAAAACGCAGAAUUCCUUUUGAAAAUGGCGCCACCAUUCAUGAGAGACGGAUAGGGAUUAGUUUAGGGGGGACAAGUCAAUAGAUCAACAAAAAUGUCUCGUUUAAUUAGAGCUCUCAUCAUGGGUCCACCGGGAUCAGGAAAGGGCACGAUGUCAUCCCGAAUAGCCAAAGAAUUCAAACUGACUCAUCUAUCAAGUGGAGACCUUCUUCGAAGUCAGAUUCAACGACAGACAGCUGUUGGAGUCCUUGCCAAGCAGUACAUUGAUAAAGGAAGCCUUGUUCCUGAUGAUGUCAUGGUCAAACUCAUCACACAUGAACUCAAUGGACUACCACCAAACUGGUUAUUAGAUGGUUUCCCACGAACAGUCUCACAGGCGGAUGCUCUCUCGAAGAAUCAAACACUUGAUGCUGUGUUGAACUUAGAUGUGCCCUUUGAUGUCAUAGUACAAAGGUUAGAAUGGCGAUGGAUACACCCUGGAAGUGAUCGGGUGUAUAACUUAGAUUGGAAUCCACCCGAAGUACCGUUCAAAGACGAUGUAACAGGAGAGGAUUUAAUUCAGAGAGAUGAUGACAAACCAGAAACAGUUCGAGCAAGGCUUGAAGCAUAUGAGCAGCUUACUAAACCAGUCUUAGAAUUCUAUAAAUCCAAAGGAAUAUUAACAGAGUUCCAUGGAACGGAGACAAACCAGAUUUGGCCUCAUGUCCAAGAUUUCUUAUCAGAUCUCCUUCAGCAUCCAUCAAAACAAAGUAUAGAGUAAAGGUAGCCAUUGGAGGUAUUUCCUAAUAUUCUAGUUUAAAGCCUAUCAAAAGUUUUUAGCAAUAAUAUGAAUCAUGCUCUAGUAUCAUAUGACAUUCCGAUAUUUAAUACAAAGACCUGGCUGUUGAUUUUUUUUUCAGCCAUCAAUUUUUUGGUGAAAAUUUUGAUUUCAUUUCCAAUGUAGAAUACAGAGCAGUUGAUCUAAGGAACUCUUGAUGAGUUCCUCAGGGAGUGGAGAAAGUGCAUACAUUGUGUGCAGGCAAGCCAGAAUCAGAUGUAUGGUAUUAAUCUAUAAAAAUGUAAUAAGGGUGUUUAGAGGGUGUCCCAAUUAAGCAAUAACAUUGGAUUAUGUGAUGAGCAUUACUCUUGAAUUGUCCAAACAUUUUGCAUGUAAUCAUGACAAUGCCAGUAUAGUGUUUUGUCAUGACACGUACUGCCAAAUAUUUGCUAUAAUAGUCCUAAUUACUAUUAUUAUGAGGUAAGAUAUAUCAGUUUAAGACUAAAUGAAAGUAUAUUUUAAGAGAUGAUUGUGUAUUAUAUCGAAAUUAGAAGUAUAUAUUUUAGAGGAUACUUUGCAUGAUUAGUGUUGUUUUAAGACCUUUUUGUCCAAAUAAUUGAGAACAUGCUUUUUCUAUUAUUCUCUGAUUUUGUUAAUUAUGCUGUUAAUAUGGAGUUUGUUAUAUUUAGUUAUUUCACAGGUGCUAACGUUCCAAUUAUUAAUUUUGUUCCAUGUUGAAUUUGAUUACUUUUACAUUCAUUUUAAAUAGCAAAAUGCUUCAUUAAGCAGUAAAGAGUGUUACAAGGAUUUGCAUAAUCAAUUAGAUUUUGAUAAUUCCAAGAUACCAUUAGCAAUAAUAGAUGCUUGAAUCUGAUGUUCCUAAGCGCGCAAUUUAUAAUGUUUUGUUUUUCCUUGAAAUGUUGUAAACUUUUUUGAUUUGUUUAUCUUUUUAUAAGCCACUGUGUCGUUAAGGUAUAUAUUAUUACAAGAAAGUUUUUUUUUUUAAAUCAAUUUAGUACAAUGUGUAUGUGAUGUACAUGUAUGAUUGGUUUCCAUAAUAAUGUGUGUUGCAAUAAUAGAAAUCACAAAUUUUAGAAUAACUUUAUGAUUUUGACUCUAUUGAAAAUGUAGGUAUAUUGUGAUCGAAUACCAUACUACUGUAAAAAAAAAAUCAUGAAGUUAAGUGUGGUAAAAAGGGAUACCGAUAUUCCCUUAUUAUGUUAUGACUAAUAAAUAGAAUAUUUAAUUAUUCUAAUGUGCAGCUGACUUUGAUAAGUAAUAUAAGUAUUAUGUACUAAUUGUAAGUAUAAAAAUACACUGUGCCUUUCCAAACAGUAUUUAUUAAUUUUUGGUGGGUUUUACUUUAUGGAAAAUUUAUGGAAUGUCUAACGUAACAGAACAUUGGAGUUAUGUUAAGUAAAUGUUAAUUUCUAUAGAAAAACAAGAAGAAAAAUGCUACACUCUAUGAUAAGAAACAUAAUAUCCAGUAAAUUUUAGGUUAACAUAAUAUUUUGAUUCAGUUUUUACGAAUGAAACAUUUACAUGCAAAAUGCAUUAUCACAAAAAAAAAGAUUAUUGGUUUACUAUUUUCAUCUGGUUAAACCAUGUGAAGUUUAUUAUUUCAAACAUUUCCUCAAUACCCAUCAGAUUAAAUCUUUUCCAUUUAUAACUAAAAUUGAAAAAUAAAUAUGUUGAUGCAUGUAACAAAUCAUUGUUUUUAGCAUUGCUCAAUUAAUUGUCCUUCCCAAUUAUGUACAUGAAAGAGUUCAUUCCACAUGGGCAGUUCCAUGAAUAAGCGACUCAUGUACGUACAUGUAUGCACAUUUGAUAAACAAAGUUUGCAAAAUAAUCAUGGAACUUAAUAUCAUUUUUGUUCUCUCUUGAAACAAGAGUUCUUUCUUUAAAUAAGAAGUUUUGCGGUUAUAAACCAUGUAUUGAUGAUAUAAUCAAAACACUUUUUAGCAUUGAUGAUAUCAUGUUUCUGAUGAUCGAUUAGAUGUAUUUGAUAAGUCUCUUUUCUUUAUCAACAGUGCAAAUUUAUGUUUGAUGUCAGAAAUCUGACAGUCAAAGCAUGGCCUUUGCUAAGGUAUCAAAAGAGAUAUUUUAUAUGGAUGUAUGAUAGUAAGUAUUAAUGCAUGAUAACAUA